AUGUCCGCUGCCUCACUCUCAAAUCACACUCUGUUCGGCCCUGUUGCUCAGUCUGAGCCCACUAACUGUCGUCUAUGUGCUAACCAUCUUGUUGAGCCCAUGCAGGUUGAGACCACCGCUGCCUUGGAGCCGCUAGCCCAAUCCGCUAGCUCCCCACUCUCAAUUCCUGAUACUCGCGAGCCCAGCAUGCCCCUGCUGCACAGCCACCCCUGGCUCAGUCCGCGACUGCCAAUCCAACACCAACCGCUCCUCUUUCCUCUCAUCCGAUGGUCACCCGUGCCAAAGCAAAUACUCUCAUGGUUGUUAUCACAGGGGCACAGAGGGCAACUUGUGGAAGCUUCUAGAAGGCUCGGAGGCUUGAUACUAGAAGAGUCGGGCCAAAGAAUAGAGUUACUGGCAGUCUUAGAGCAUCACCUUCCUCCACUUUUGCUUAAUGCACCAACUGCCACUUAG